AUGCUUGCGAAGUCAAAUUUCCCGUCAAAACAAGUUGAAGAAUUCAUUCGUGAAAGUGUAAGAGAGCAACCAAAUACUUCAACUCAAGCCACAAGUUCUACUCUCCCAAAACCAAAAGAAGAAACGAAAUUCAGUAUGGCACUUCCUUAUUAUCCAGGUAUUGAAGUUUUGAAGAGAAGACUGGAACGUUUAAAAAUAAAAUUGUAUUUUUCUUAUGGAAAGAAGUUGUCAUCGUUUCUGCCAUCAAACAAAAAGAUGACAUCGAGAUCAGUUAUUUACGAAAUUCCUUGUGAGUGUGGAGCAUCGUACGUGGGUGAGGCUAAAGUCGGUUUGCAAAAUCGAAUGAAGCAGCACGCUUCCCUUAUUGAAAAAGAUAGUUUAGAAACACAUUCGGAAAUUGUCCAACACCACCAUCAAAAAAACUGGCAAUGUUUAUUUGAGCCAGAAAAGGCAAUGAUUCUUGACGUUGAGACAGACUAUCGUAAGAGAAAAAUUAAAGAAAGUGUUUUCUCUGAAAUUGUUCAAUCAAUCAAUCGACAUGAUCAUUUAAGUGCAGAAUGGAGGACAAUUAUGAAUAAAAACGGUGAUCAGAUUAGAAAACACAUUAAAUUUAAAGAAGAAACGAAACUGUAG